AUGUCUGUCGAGAAAGAAGACGAAUCCAAGCCCAGUAAGAUCGAGAGAGGCAACGACGCCCACGCCGAACAUGCCUCCGAUUCCGACGCCCACUCCGACAAGCCCAAGCUCCAAACCAGCGGCAAGCCCGAACUCACCGAAGAAGACUGCUACGACAAACUAGGCUUCUGUUUCCCAACAUGGAAGAAAUGGACAAUCCUCACAGUCAUCUUCCUGGUCCAAAUGUCCAUGAACUUCAACACAGGCGUCUACUCCAAUGCCGUCCCAGGCCUCGUCGAACGAUUCCACAUCAGCGAACAAGCCGGCCGAGUAGGGCAGUGCGUCUUCCUUGUCGCAUACGCAUUCGGCUGCGAGCUUUGGGCUCCAUGGAGUGAGGAGUUCGGCCGAUGGCCUAUCAUGCAGCUGUCUCUAUUCCUGGUCAAUAUUUGGCAGAUUCCGUGCGCGGUGGCGCCGAACUUCGGGACGAUUGUCGUGUGUCGUGUCUUGGGUGGAUUGAGCUCCGCUGGUGGCUCGGUCACUCUUGGUAUGACGGCUGAUAUGUGGGAGGCUGAUGAUCAGGGAUAUGCGGUUGCGUAUGUGGUUCUUUCGUCUGUGGGCGGAUCGACUGUUGGGCCGUUCUUUGGUGGGAUGAUUGGCCAGUGGCUUGAUUGGCAUUGGGUGUUUUGGAUGCAGUUGAUAGUCGGUGCUGUGACGCAGGCUAUACACUUUUUCGUUGUGCCGGAGACUAGAGCAUCAAUCCUUGUUGAUCGGGAGGCUCGACGACGUCGGAAAGAAGGUGCUGAUGUAUGGGGACCGAAUGAGCUGAAGACACCCCGUUUGGAUGUCCACGAUGUGCUUCGGAUUUGGAUUCGUCCAUUUGAGAUGUUCCUUCGCGAGCCGAUUGUUCUCUUUCUCUCUCUUCUGUCUGGUUUCUCCGAUGCCCUGAUCUUCGUCUUCACAGAGUCUUUCUCUCUGGUCUUCGAGCAAUGGGGCUUCAGUACCCUCGCCGUAGGCCUGACCUUCGGCUCGAUCCUCAUCGGCUAUGUCCUCGCCUACUUAAUCUUCUUACCAGAUAUCUACCGACAGAUCCAAAUACGCCGCAGAUCCGGCCCAGCAAGCCGUCUUGCAGAACGUCGUCUUCUACUUUUGCUCUUCAUCGCUCCCCUCGAGCCAAUCGGCCUCCUCGGCUUCGCAUGGACAUCAAUGGGUCCGCCCAUCCCAUGGAUAGCACCUAACAUAUUCGCCUGUAUGAUCGCAAUGGCAAAUUACGCCAUCUACAUGGCCACAAUCGACUACAUGGUCGCCGCGUACGGUCCAUACUCCGCAUCUGCAACGGGUGGAAAUGGCUUUGCACGCGAUUUCCUCGCCGGUAUCGCAACUAUGUAUUCGACGCCGAUGUACCAGAACAUGGGGUCGAAGUACCAUUUGCAGUGGGCGAGUACGCUACUUGGUUGUGUGGGCUUCUUGGUCCUCAUCCCCAUUUAUGUGUUCUACUGGAAAGGCCCGGCUAUUAGGGCUAAGAGUAAAUUUGCCCAGCAGCUUGCUGCUGAUCGUGAGAGACAUGAUGAGAGUCGGAGGGCGAGUAUGGCGAGAGCCUCUGUUGGUGCCUAG